GCUUCCGGUGCUGCGCAGUUUCCGGAGCGGAUCGCAACCCGGAGUCAGGAUCCGACCCUGCUCUGCACAUUCCACAGGCAGGCACUGGCGAUGGCGGAGGAUGGGAGUGAAGAGAUCAUGUUCAUUUGGUGUGAAGACUGUAGCCAGUACCAUGAUUCCGAAUGUCCUGAGUUGGGCCCAGUGGUUAUGGUCAAGGACUCCUUUGUCUUAAGCCGAGCAAGAUCAUCCCUUCCUUCCAACUUGGAGAUCAGACGGCUGGAGGAUGGAACUGAGGGAGUGUUUGCUGUAACGCAGCUUGUCAAGCGAACCCAGUUUGGUCCAUUUGAAUCAAGGAGAGUUGCCAAAUGGGAGAAAGAAUCUGCAUUUCCACUGAAGGUGUUCCAGAAGGAUGGGCACCCUGUCUGCUUUGACACCUCCAACGAGGACGACUGCAACUGGAUGAUGCUGGUGCGGCCAGCGGUGGAGCAUGAGCACCAGAACCUGACUGCCUACCAGCAGGACAGCGACGUGUACUUCACCACCUCCCGGGACAUCCCGCCCGGCACUGAGCUUCGGGUCUGGUAUGCCGCCUUCUAUGCCAAGAAGAUGGAUAAGCCAAUGCUGAAGCAGGCCUGCACCGGCACCCAUGCUGCAGGCACCCCGGAGAGCAGCGCGCCAGUGGAAGCUGAGCCCAGCCAGUGGGUGUGCAAAGUGUGCACCGCCACAUUCCUGGAACUGCAGCUCCUCAACGAGCACCUGUUGACUCACUUGGAACAAGCCAAAGGUGUCCCUGCCACCAGCCAGAGCGAAGGAACUCCCGAGAAAGAACCAGAGGUGCCCCGAGCAGAGCCACCCACAGGUCUCCAGAGUGUCAGCACCACCAAAGAGCAGAAGAAAAAGCCUCGAAGGGGAAGAAAGCCCAAAGUGUCCAGACCGGAGCAGCCUCUAGUCAUUGUGGAAGACAAGGACCCCUCAGAGCAUGUGGCAGAAAUUGUCACCGAAGUCCCCCCAGAUGAGCCCGUGAAUGCAGCCCCAGAUGAACGCAUCAUGGAGCUGGUGCUGGGGAAGCUGGCCACCACCACCAGUGACAGUGGCUCCAUUCCCAAGUUCACGCAUCACCCACACAGCACCAUCACCCUCAAGAGGAGCUUGAUUCUCUCGAGCAGGCACGGCAUCCGGCGGAAGCUCAUCAAGCAGCUGGGUGAGCACAAGCGGGUCUACCAGUGCAACAUCUGCAGCAAGAUCUUCCAGAACAGCAGCAACCUGAGCCGGCACGUGCGCUCGCACGGUGACAAGCUGUUUAAAUGUGAGGAAUGUGCAAAAUUGUUCAGCCGAAAGGAGAGUCUAAAGCAACAUGUUUCUUACAAGCACAGCAGGAAUGAGGUGGACAGUGAGUACAGAUACCGCUGUGGUACCUGCGAGAAGGCCUUCCGCAUCGAGAGUGCGCUGGAAUUCCACAACUGCAGGACAGGUGAGGGGACACUUCCACAUAUGACUGAAGGGGGCACUGGUGGCUUUCAGUUAAGAGACCUGCCAGAUGACAAGACAUUCCAAUGUGAGAUGUGUUUCAGAUUCUUCUCCACCAACAGUAACCUUUCCAAACACAAGAAGAAGCAUGGGGACAAGAAGUUUGCCUGUGAAGUCUGCAACAAGAUGUUCUAUCGCAAGGAUGUCAUGCUCGACCACCAGAGGCGGCACCUGGAAGGAGUGAGGCGAGUGAAGAGGGAGGACCUGGAGGCAAGCAGUGAGAACCUGGUCCGAUACAAGAAAGAACCUUCUGGAUGCCCCGUCUGUGGCAAGGUGUUUUCCUGCCGGAGCAACAUGAACAAGCACCUGCUGACCCAUGGCGACAAGAAGUACACCUGCGAGAUCUGUGGGCGCAAGUUCUUCCGGGUGGACGUGCUCAGGGACCAUAUCCACGUCCACUUCAAGGACAUCGCCCUGAUGGACGACCACCAGAGGGAAGAGUUCAUCGGCAAGAUUGGAAUCUCAUCGGAAGAAAAUGAUGACAAUUCCGAUGAAAGUGCGGACUCGGAGCCUCACAAGUACAGCUGCAAAAGAUGCCAGCUUACCUUCGGCCGGGGGAAGGAGUACCUGAAGCACAUCAUGGAAGUGCACAAGGAGAAGGGCUACAGCUGCAGCAUCUGCAACCGCCGCUUUGCCCUCAAGGCCACCUACCACGCCCACAUGGUCAUCCACCGGGAGAACCUGCCAGACCCCAACGUGCAGAAGUACAUCCACCCCUGUGAGAUCUGUGGGCGCAUCUUCAACAGCAUUGGGAACUUGGAGCGGCACAAGCUCAUCCACACAGGUGUGAAAAGCCAUGCCUGUGAGCAGUGUGGGAAAUCCUUUGCCAGGAAGGACAUGCUUAAAGAGCACAUGCGUGUGCAUGACAACAUCCGAGAAUACCUGUGCGCCGAGUGUGGGAAAGGCAUGAAGACCAAGCAUGCCCUGCGCCACCACAUGAAGCUGCACAAGGGCAUCAAGGAGUAUGAGUGCAAGGAGUGCCACCGCAAGUUCGCCCAGAAGGUCAACAUGUUGAAGCACUACAAGCGGCACACGGGGAUUAAAGAUUUCAUGUGUGAAUUGUGCGGGAAGACGUUUAGCGAGAGGAACACGAUGGAGACUCACAAGCUCAUUCACACAGUGGGCAAGCAGUGGACAUGCUCGGUGUGCGACAAGAAGUACGUCACCGAGUACAUGCUGCAGAAGCACGUCCAGCUCACCCACGACAAGGUGGAGGCACAGAGCUGCCAGCUGUGUGGGACCAAGGUGUCCACCAGGGCGUCCAUGAGCAGACACAUGCGGCGCAAGCACCCUGAGGUUCUCGCUGUGCGGAUCGACGACCUGGACCACCUCCCUGAGACGACGACCAUCGACGCCUCCUCCAUCGGCAUUGUGCAGCCCGAGCUGACUCUGGAGCAGGAGGAGCUGACCGAAGGGAAGCACGUAAAAACCGCCAAGCGAACUCACAAGAGGAAGCAGAAGCCAGAGGAGGAGGCGGGAGCCCCUGGGCCCGAGAGCGCCACCUUCAAUGAGUACCCUGAGAAGGAGGCCGAGUUCACGGGCAGCAGCGUGGGAGACGAGACCAACUCAGCGGUACAGAGCAUUCAGCAGGUGGUGGUGACCCUGGGAGACCCAAACGUCACCACUCCAUCAAGCUCUGUCGGCUUGACCAACAUCACCGUCACCCCCAUCACCACCGCAGCUGGGACUCAGUUCACCAACCUCCAGCCGGUGGCCGUUGGUCACCUCACCACGCCCGAACGCCAGUUACAGCUGGACAACUCGAUCUUGACCGUGACCUUUGACACUGUCAGUGGCUCCGCCAUGUUGCACAACCGCCAGAAUGACAUCCAGAUCCACCCUCAGCCUGAAGCCUCAAACCCUCAGUCCGUGGCCCACUUCAUCAACCUGACCACCCUGGUCAACUCCAUCACACCCCUGGGCAAUCAGCUGAGCGAGCAGCACCCUCUGGCCUGGCGGGCAGUGCCUCAGACGGACGUCAUGCAGCCCCCACAGCCACAGCCCCCGCAACAGCAGGCGGCCCAGCCCCAAGUGCAGACGGAACCACAGCAGCAGAUGUACAGCUACUGA